AUGGAACCAAAUACUGAUGGUACGGGUACAAGUAAGAACAUCAUGCUGGAUACUAAGAGAUAUGGGUAUUGGAAAGUUCGAAUGACACAACUCAUCAGAGGCCAAGGAGACGAUGCAUGGACAGCUGUGGAAGAAGGCUGGGAACCUCCGUUUGAUACAACAGAAGAUGGAGUUAAAAUCCCAAAACCUAAGGCCAGAUGGACGAUUGACGAAAAGAAUUUGUCAAAAUUCAACGCAAGAGGCAUUUUCUCUGGUGUGGAUGAAGAUGAGUUCAAACUCAUUCAAGGAUGCAAGUCUGCAAAACAAGCCUGGGAUAUUCUCCAACAAUCUCAUGAAGGAACAUCAAGUGUUAAGAGAACAAGACUUGACAUGUUAGCUACUCAGUUUGAGUGUCUGAAGAUGGCUCCAGAUGAAACAAUAGUGAAGUUCAGCUCAAAGCUCAGUGCCAUAGCAAAUGAAGCUGAAGUCCUUGGAAAGACCUACAAGGAUCGAAAACUGGUGAAGAAACUGUUGAGGUGUCUUCCAGCCAAAUUUGCUGCUCACAAGGCUGUAAUGAGGGUAGCUGGUAACACUGAGUCAAUGACUUUUGGUGAACUGGUCGGCUUACUCAAAUCUGAAGAAAUGGAAGCUGAUGAAGACAAAGCCAAACUGUCUAAAAGCAUUGCGUUUCAGGCUGAUCAAAAACCUGAUCAGUUUCAAGAAAUCAAGGAUAGCAUGUCCUUGUUGGCCAGAAACUUUGGUAAAGCUUUAAAAAAGGUUGAGAGAAACAACAACAGAGACACGCGACGUUGGAGUAAUUCAGAAGGAGACAAACGAGGUGAUAGAUCAUCAAAACCAUAUGCUGACUAUUCUGGUAAGAGAAAGGAGAUUCAAUGCUAUGAAUGUGGAGGCUAUGGUCAUAUCAAACCUGAAUGUCCUGUAACCAAACGGAAUGAGUUGAAAUGUCUUGAGUGCAAAGGCAUGGGACACACAAAGUUUGAAUGUCCAAACAAAACCAAGUCAAAGGAUAAAUCCCUGUUGAGCUUCAGUGACUCCGAGUCUGAUGAGGAAGGGGAAGAACUGCUCAACUUUGUUGCUUUUACAGUCAGUGGAGAUAACGUUCAGAUAGGUGAUGAUUCUGAUUCAGAGAGUGAUGAAGAAGUCAAUCCUAAGGAGGAAUACAUAAUUCUGUAUGACAGUUGGGUACAGCUAAGCAAGGAUAAGCUUAAGCUUAUUCAAGAAAAGCUCACUCUGGAAUCUAAACUUGAAUUAGCCUAUGAAGAUGCAACGGAAAAGGUUAAUCAUACUCCACUCAAGUCUAAUGAUCAAACAACUGAAGGACUUCUUCAGAAACUGAGCAACCUUCAAGAAGAGUAUUACAAAGAAAAGGGAAGAGCUACAGUGCUUGAAAAGGAGUUGAAUGAGAAACACAAGCAGAUCAGGAUGCUGAACAGUGGAACUAAAGAUUUAGACAAGAUUCUGUCCAUGGGAAGAAUAGAUGCCACACACAGAGGUCUAGGGUAUCAAGGAAAUACUGGAACCUCAAGUGAUCUGACAGUUCAACCUGUGAACUUCGUAAGUGCCAAUCACCUAGAAAAGGAAGUAGAUAUCUCUACUAACUUAAAGAAAGAAAGUUCGGUGACAAAGAGACCAGAGAAAAGGCAGAACUAUCCUUUGAAGGACUAUCACAGGAGGGUCAUAAGAAAAAGUACUUAUGGGUGUGAUCACUGUGGAGGCAAACAUCCAAGAGGACACUGUUACAGUUUCAGGAAGAAGGUCAAUCUGUUGUGGAAUCUCAAUAAGUGUUACUUGGAACCAGCGAAGUUCUGCUCUGUGUGGAUCUCGAAGAAAGACUUGUACAGUGAUCUAUUUACAAAAUGA